AUGCCUCCGCGACGAGCGCACACCAAAUCACGUAACGGCUGCGAUCAAUGCAAGCGACGCCGAGUCAAGUGCGAUGAAAAAGGGCCGCCUUGCUCAAAUUGCAUUUCCCGAGAACUCAAUUGUACUUAUCUGAAAGCUCCACCACGCGAUGGGACGGCUGUGCGGAAGCGCAGCACUGCGUCUGCAUCAACCCGAGAGCUGGAGGUCGCCCGACCGUUGGCGCCCAUCAGUCCAGCAUCCACGCCCUCAAGCAUUUCCGGCGUGCGCGACCUGGAGCUGAUGCACAAGUUCGCUACAGAGACCUUCAGUACCGUCUGUACCGCCGAAUCAAAAUAUCACGUCUGGCAAAUUGUCAUCCCCCGUUUGGCCCUCCAAUAUGACUUUCUCAUGAAUGGCAUUCUCGCUUUGGCCGCCUCACAUAUCGCCGCCACGACCGAGUCGCCGACCUCGCUGGCCUACAUCGACACCGCUCUACAAUACCAUAACCUUUCAUUUGCGCCCUUUCGCGCGGCAAUUGACAAUCUCACCCAAGAAAAUUGUGAGGCCGUUCUCGCGCAGUCGAUAGUCACAACGGUCAUCGGUAUCGCGUUGCCGCGUCUGACGGCCUCGCGUGAUGAGACCUCGAACAUGACCGAAAACAUGCUGGUGGUCUUCCAGCUUCUGCAAGGGGUGAAAAAGAUCAUCCUCAUCGGCCGAUCUUGGAUCAAGAUUAACCUCUACUCUCGCCAUCGAGAGCUCUACGAAGCGGCGGCCCCAACAGAGUUAGAUGGUGACGCUGCGGCUGCCCUUGACCGACUCGCUCGACUGAACGAGGAGGCUGUGGCUGGGGUCGACGUUCAACAGUAUCGUACCAAUAAAGAGGUGAUAGGACAUCUUAGGCAGUGUUUCACCUUGUACAUGAGUUCGCGGGACCCAGGAGAAGUCCUGUCGUGGCUCGCAGCCGUGGACAAGGAAUUUGUGGAUACCGUGCGGCGUCGGCAGCCCCUGGCGCUGCUUAUCCUCAUGCACUGGGGUGUCCUGCUAGGCGAGCUUCAUGGCCGAUGGUGGUGGGCUCAAGGGUCUGGCAAGUCCCUGGUGGCCGAAUUAUCGCAAUCACUGAGUGAUGCAGGUGCGCGAUGGUCAGAGUUUGUGACCUGGCCGCGACGCAGGCUGGGUCUCUGA